AUGUUGGCCGGCUGGUUGUACAGAGCGGUGAUCUCCUCAUUCGAGAUCAUCUUCAAAACCGUGCUCUUGACAACUCUCUCCUCAAGCUGGAAAAUGGUGGCCAGGUUCGAGAUCGACAGUUUGUUCUUUCUGUCUUGGAGAGGUGGCAAUCUCGUACAAAGACUGUUGGGCCUCUUGGAUCAAACCACAUCUGAAAGCACUCAGUCCAAGUUGCACCAGAGAUCUAUUGAAAAGAACCUGCAAUUGAGGGUCGGCAGUAUGGAUGGUGGCCUGCAAGUGCGACAGCAGCAACAUGUCACGGGCCUUGAAGUAUUGAUCGUUGAAAGCAUAGUAGUAAAUGUGGUAGAGAACGGCCUUCUUUCUGAACACAGAGUUUGGCUGUUCGUAGAGCACCAGACAGAGAGCGUCGAUCAAUCCGUUGGUAUAUUCGACUCCCUGUGGACCAGACUCGGUCAACUUGGAGUAGAUAGGCGAGUCCAAAGACUCUUCCAACUUCUUCCACACAGUGUUCUCGCUGAAAAUGAUGAGCUUGGAUGGCUUGAAGUAGAUGUAGUCCAAUCUCUUCAAGAUCACUCUUGCCAAUUGGUCGCCCUUUGGUGUGGCCAAGUCCUCUCUAGAAAUGAUCGACUCUCGUCGUCGGAAUCAGAAUCCAAACCGGAGCCUGAGUCCCAAUCCUCGUCACUUUCAUCAUCCUCUUCUUCUGGAGAACCUUCUUCGCUAGAAACGUCUCCAGCUUCGGAUUCCGACGAUGAAAGAAGCUCCUCACUCGAGGAGAGCAAUUCCUCGUCCGACGAGUCCUCUGAAUCGUAUGUUGUCGUAAAAAACCUCGACAUACUGUUGUUUAGUAGAAUAGAUCCUGCUAUACUUGUUGCUGAUUUUUUAUGA